GUCGUUCGGGCUUCGCCUAUAAAUUGGGGGUUCCUCCUCCCCAACUCCCGUGUCCACUCGGAGGCCGAGAACAAAGCGCCAAGGAUUCUUCUCGCAUCUUACCCCAGAGAUGGCCAGCACCGACACCUUCCUUUUCACCUCCGAAUCUGUGAACGAGGGACACCCCGACAAGCUCUGCGACCAGAUCUCGGAUGCCGUGCUCGAUGCCUGCCUUGAGCAGGAUCCCGACAGCAAGGUCGCUUGCGAGACCUGCACGAAGACGAACAUGGUCAUGGUCUUUGGGGAGAUCACCACCAAGGCGAACGUCGACUAUGAGAAGAUUGUCCGCGACACCUGCCGAGCCAUCGGGUUCACGUCCGACGACGUCGGCCUUGAUGCCGAUCACUGCAAGGUGCUCGUCAACAUCGAGCAGCAGUCUCCUGACAUCGCCCAGGGCGUUCAUGGGCACUUCACCAAGCGCCCUGAGGAGAUUGGCGCCGGCGAUCAGGGCCACAUGUUUGGCUAUGCGACCGACGAGACCCCGGAGUUGAUGCCCCUCAGCCACGUCCUCGCCACCAAGCUCGGCGCCCGCCUCACCGAGGUCCGCAAGAACGGCACCUGCCCCUGGCUGAGGCCCGACGGGAAGACUCAGGUGACCGUCGAGUACCGCAACGACCAUGGCGCCAUGAUCCCUAUCCGCGUCCACACCGUCCUCAUCUCGACCCAGCAUGACGAGACUGUUACCAACGACGAGAUUGCUGCGGAUCUCAAAGAGCAUGUCAUCAAGCCCGUCAUCCCCGAACGGUACCUCGACGAGAAGACCAUCUUCCACCUCAACCCGUCCGGCCGUUUCGUCAUAGGUGGACCUCAUGGCGAUGCAGGGCUCACCGGCCGCAAGAUCAUCAUCGAUACUUACGGUGGCUGGGGAGCCCACGGUGGCGGCGCCUUCUCCGGCAAGGAUCCCACCAAGGUCGACCGGAGCGGUGCCUACGUUGCGAGGCAGGCGGCCAAGAGCAUUGUUGCCAAUGGGCUCGCUCGCCGUUGCAUUGUGCAGGUGUCUUACGCCAUUGGUGUGCCGGAGCCUCUCUCGGUGUUUGUGGACACCUAUGGCACGGGCAAGAUUCCGGAUAAGGAGAUCUUGAAGAUUGUGAAGGAGAAUUUUGAUUUCAGGCCUGGAAUGAUCAUCAUCAACCUCGACCUGAAGAGGGGCGGCAACGGCAGGUUCCUGAAGACAGCGGCUUACGGGCAUUUCGGCAGGGUCGACCCCGACUUCACCUGGGAGGUCGUGAAGCCCCUCAAGGAGGAGAAACCCACGGCCUAAACAAAACCAGUACUUCAUAGAUACCAUCUCUCUUCUGGUCUUCAUCUUCUAAGUGAUGCUUCUUAAUUUUUUAGUCAUCCCUUCUUGCUUAAUCCGUCUCGGCCUCGCCCAUUUAUUAUGGGUUUUACAAUAACUUCGUCGUUUGGUCCCAAGCUUGCCGAAAGAAGGGAGAAGCUGUAUUACUUUGUGGCGACGUAUGCAAUACCGGUAUCAAGUUGAAAGUGAAACAAAACGUCCUCUUUCCUCAUCAUUAUGCAAUCUCCCUCUCUAUUUGCCACCGUUCGCUCAGCAUUGAGGCUUUCUAGAUGCACAAAAUAAACUGCUGUAGUCUGGUUCCGGAUUUAUCGAACCAAAUGGUGAACUUUGUGUCAAGUUCUAUAUGGAACAAGUUACCUGGAAAUAUUAUUGUAAUUAUUAUUUUUGUCUUACCAAAAGAAGAUUUUACCUGGGGCUAAAAAGAAAAGGUAUUUUCUUCU